GUUAUAAAAUGCUGCCAAAAAAACCAAAAGGGUGGAAAAAUUUAGGGUGAGAGAAGUUUUCGGAGAGAGAAAGUUGAGGGGGAGAGAAGAGAAACCCGGCGGCUGGAGCGAAGGGGAGGGAGAGGAGAAGACGGCCGCGGCGCGGCCAAAUCCUAGCCAGCGGCGGCGCGGUUGAGGAGGAGGUCCCUGAGGUGUCUUCUGACGGCCGGAUUCGAGCCGCCGGCGCCGGCAGCUGCAGAUCGGCGGUCGCGCUGCCGGAAUCGGCGGAGAUCCCUGUGGGAUGAGCACGGCGAGGACCGUGCCCCGGACGUGAGCUCGCUGGCUGGUUCCGUAGGUUUGGGCUCUGGGCUGGCUCGCUGGGGUUUUGAGCUUGCCGUCGGUGUUUGCUGUGGUUUUUGAAGCGGGUUUUUGGGGGAUUUGGGAGGGGAUCUGCCGGGAAGGCCGGAGGUUUAGCUGGGUUUUGAGAGCUGGAGGCGCAGGCUGGAAUCGGUGGAGCCAUGUCGUCGCUGAGCAGGGAGCUGGUGUUCCUCAUCCUGCAGUUCCUCGACGAGGAGAAGUUCAAGGAGACGGUGCACAAGUUGGAGCAGGAGUCAGGGUUCUAUUUCAACAUGAAGCACUUCGAGGACCUUGUUCAGGGCGGCGAGUGGGAUGAGGUGGAGAGGUACCUCAGCGGCUUCACCAAGGUGGAGGACAACCGCUACUCCAUGAAGAUCUUCUUUGAGAUCCGCAAGCAGAAGUAUCUCGAGGCCCUUGAUAGGCAUGAUAGGGCCAAGGCGGUGGAGAUUCUCGUGAAGGAUCUCAAGGUGUUCGCUUCCUUCAACGAGGAGCUGUUCAAGGAGAUAACACAGCUGCUGACCUUGGAGAAUUUUAGGCAAAAUGAGCAGCUGUCCAAGUAUGGGGACACAAAGUCAGCCCGGAAUAUCAUGCUCCUGGAGCUCAAGAAGCUCAUUGAAGCGAACCCAUUAUUCCGGGACAAGCUGAAUUUCCCACCAUUUAAAGCUUCUAGACUUCGCACAUUGAUCAAUCAAAGUCUGAACUGGCAACAUCAGCUUUGCAAGAACCCCAGACCAAACCCUGACAUCAAGACACUCUUCACUGAUCACUCUUGUGCUGCUCCUGCCAACGGAGCAAGAGCUCCUCCACCUUCCAAUGGUCCCCUAGUUGGACCUAUCCCUAAGUCAUCUGGAUUUCCGCCAAUGGGUGCUCAUGCUCCAUUUCAGCCUGUGGUGUCACCAUCUCCAAACACAAUUGCAGGUUGGAUGACAAAUGCCAACCCCUCUUUGCCACAUGCCGCGGUUGCACAAGGACCACCUGGUCUUGUUCAGGCUCCAAACACAGCUGCAUUUCUAAAGCAUCCAAGAACCCCCACAAGUGCACCUGGCAUUGAUUACCAGUCUGCAGAUUCGGAACAUCUCAUGAAAAGAAUGCGUGUAGGACAACCAGAUGAGGUAUCAUUCUCUGGUGCAAGCCAUCCUGCCAAUAUUUAUACUCAAGAAGACCUUCCCAAACAAGUGGUUCGUACCCUUAAUCAAGGUUCUAGUGUUAUGAGCCUGGAUUUCCAUCCUGUUCAACAAACCAUUCUUUUAGUUGGAACAAAUGUUGGUGACAUUGGGAUAUGGGAAGUUGGUUCCCGAGACAAGAUAGCUCACAAGACAUUCAAAGUUUGGGAUAUUGGUUCCUGCACCUUGCCUUUGCAGGCCGCACUAAUGAAAGAUGCUGCGAUAUCUGUCAAUAGAUGCCUAUGGAGCCCUGAUGGAACUAUUCUAGGUGUUGCUUUUUCAAAGCAUAUUGUUCAGACUUACACAUUUGUGCCAAAUGGAGAAUUAAGGCAGCAAGCAGAGAUUGAUGCGCACAUUGGUGGGGUUAAUGACAUAGCCUUCUCUCACCCCAACAAGACGCUAUCAAUUAUUACAUGUGGCGAUGACAAACUCAUUAAGGUGUGGGAUGCUCAAACAGGACAAAAGCAGUACACAUUUGAAGGCCAUGAAGCUCCAGUGUUUUCUGUAUGCCCUCACUACAAGGAGUCCAUUCAGUUUAUCUUCUCUACUGCCAUUGAUGGAAAAAUCAAGGCAUGGUUGUAUGAUUGCUUGGGCUCAAGAGUUGACUAUGAUGCUCCUGGACAUUGGUGUACUACCAUGGCUUACAGUGCUGAUGGAACAAGGCUCUUCUCCUGUGGUACUAGUAAAGAAGGUGAUUCCCACUUGGUUGAGUGGAAUGAAACUGAAGGGGCUAUUAAGAGGACAUACAAUGGCUUCAGGAAACGAUCACAUGGUGUUGUUCAGUUUGACACAACCAGAAACCGCUUCUUGGCUGCUGGAGAUGAAUUCCUUGUUAAAUUCUGGGAUAUGGAUAACAUCAACAUACUAACAACGGCAGAUUGCGACGGUGGAUUGCCAGCAAGCCCUCGUUUGAGAUUCAAUAGAGAAGGCUCAUUACUCGCUGUCACAACAAGUGAGAAUGGAAUAAAAAUACUUGCCAACACUGAUGGACAGCGCUUGCUUAGGAUGCUUGAGAGCAGAGCAUUUGAGGGCUCUAGAGGACCUCCUCAACAAAUAAAUACCAAGCCUCCAAUUGUUGCCCUUGGUCCUGUUUCGAAUGCCUCCAGCCCUAUAGCAGUGAAUACAGAGCGAUCUGAUCGGAUCUUGCCUGCAGUCUCGACGAGUGGCUUGGCACCUAUGGAUGCUAGCAGAACUCCGGAUGUUAAACCAAGAAUAACCGAUGAAUCUGAAAAAACUAAGACCUGGAAGUUGGCAGACAUCGUUGAUUCUGGACAUCUUCGAGCACUGCAUUUGCAAGACACAGACACGAACCCGAGCAAAGUUGUCCGUUUGUUGUAUACCAAUAAUGGGAUUGCACUGUUGGCUCUCGGCUCCAAUGCUGUUCAUAAGUUGUGGAAAUGGCAACGAAGUGAAAGAAAUCCUAAUGGCAAGUCUACUGCAUCGGUUGCACCUCAAUUGUGGCAACCAGCAAAUGGGAUUCUGAUGACAAAUGACACUAACGACGGCAACCCAGAAGAAGCAACUGCCUGCAUAGCAUUGUCCAAAAAUGACUCUUAUGUUAUGUCUGCAUCUGGUGGCAAAGUCUCAUUGUUCAAUAUGAUGACAUUCAAGGUCAUGACAACUUUCAUGGCGCCUCCACCUGCUGCAACUUUCCUCGCGUUCCACCCACAAGACAAUAAUAUUAUUGCUAUUGGAAUGGAGGAUUCUACCAUUCAAAUCUACAAUGUCCGCAUUGAUGAUGUGAAAAGUAAGCUUAAGGGCCAUCAGAAAAAGAUUAGUGGGCUGGCCUUUUCUCAAUCAUUGAAUGUGCUAGUAUCAUCAGGUGCUGAUGCUCAGCUAUGUGUUUGGAGCAUUGAUGGUUGGGAGAAGAAGAAAUCAAGAUAUAUUCAACCCCCAGCAAACCGUUCUGGUGCUUUGGUUGGUGAUACAAGGGUGCAGUUCCACAAUGACCACACACAUCUUUUGGUAGUUCAUGAGACUCAAUUGGCAAUCUAUGAUGCGAAUCUCGAAUGUUUACGCUCGUGGUUCCCAAGAGAUGCACUCCCAGCUCCAAUCUCGAGUGCAAUAUACUCAUGUGAUGGUCUCUUGGUUUACACUGCAUUCUGCGAUGGUGCUAUUGGAGUCUUUGAAGCGGAGUCUCUUAGGUUGCGUUGCAGGAUUGCACCUUCGGCUUAUAUUCCGCCUUCAAUAUUGUCUUGUGCUGGACGUGUUUACCCCAUGGUUGUUGCUGCUCAUCCCAUGGAGCCAAACCAGAUAGCACUCGGCAUGAGCGAUGGUAAAGUUCAUGUGGUGGAGCCAUUAGACGCCGACCCAAAGUGGGGAACAGCGCCGCCUCAGGACAAUGGAGCGCACCAAGUGAUAUCAACAGGGCCAUCAGCAGCUAGCAACCAGGCAUCUGAUCAGCAGACGAGGUGACUCGGACAUCUGCACUGAAAUUCAUUAGUGCAAAGAUUGGUAGGACCGUAGGAGAUAGGGAGAAAGAAGAAACAGUUAGAUUUAUGAGAUGAGGUUAUAUGUAUCAAGUCCACAGCGUCUCCUUGCUCGUGGCAGCAGCACAGGUGGUGAUUGAUGAUGACAUCGCUAAGUUAGUUUUUAGUUCUUUUCUGUCCCCAAAAAUCCUGACCGCACCUGGUGCCGCCGCCGCAUCUGCGGGAGAUGGCUUCGCUGGCAUCUUCCUCUUUUGUAAAGCUUUUCCUGCUCUGAGUUUAGUGGUACCUUAGAUUGUUGUUUAUUUCUAAAGGUAUGGUGGCAUGUUGGAUGGUGAUAUUUUGUUUGACCUGUGAUGAUCAAUUCCACCAUGUUGGGUCUGUUUGCUGAA